UUUCAUUGUUUCGGCUCAUGGCCCUUUCUUUAUUUCUAUCAUUCCCUGAUUCUUUCAUCGCUGAACUUCCAAUUCCUAAAGAUUGUGGCUCUUCUUACUGUGGAAACGUUACCGUCAAUUUCCCUUUCCGAUUAAAAAGCCAGCCUUCCGAGUGUGGUUACCAUAACCUGGAACUGGAAUGCGACAACAACAAUCGCACCACUUUUGUGUUUGUUGGGGAGAAAUUGUACGUCCAAAAGAUCUCUUAUAAAAACCAAACAAUACGAGCUAUGUUUAUGGUGGAUCAUGAGAGACUGAGCAGAGACAAUUGCUCUCUUCCUCGUAAUAUUAUUAGAUAUCUAUCUGAUUUUUUGUAUUUAAAUUCAACAGCCGACCUAUACGUUCGUUUAAAUUAUCCUCAUAGUUACAUGUAUCUAGUAAAUUGCACAACAGCAAUGAAAUCUUCUCUAUACGUCAAUGCCUCUCGUUGUCCCAAUAGCUAUUCCCAUCCGCCUUCCUACUUUUAUUUUUUAGAUGGAAACACCCCUACGCUUGAUUUCAAUCCAUCUUGCAUAGUCAUAGCCAAGGUUCCAAUCAUGCUUGAGAAUAUUACAGGUCUGUCUACUUCGGAUAUUUAUGAACAGCUAUUACAGGGCUAUGAACUGAGAUGGUUAUUCUCCGACUCCCACACAUGGCGCGAAGAUCCAUUAAUCCGAAAGAUAUUGUUAGCUUUGGGAUAUGCAUUGAGAAACUAUAUGGACAGCUUUGUACAUUUCCUUUUUAACGGUCAUCAUGUAUCCUCCAAUACUAAAAAUCCACCUACAAAGACGUAUAUUCUCUGUGUUGGAAUAACAGGAGGAAUUGCCUUAGCAAGAAUGUUGCUGGGGAUAUCUAUCUUGAUUGCGGUUGUUACAUACAAAUUACGAAGAAGACAUUUAUCCGCAGAUGAUACAAUUGAAGAGUUCCUUCAAAGUCAAAAUAACUUUAUACCUAUUAGGUAUUCUUACUAUGAAAUAAAAAGAAUAACAAGUGGUUUCAAAGAUAAAUUAGGAGAAGGGGGUUAUGGUUCAGUAUUUAAAGGAAAACUUCGUAGCAACCAUCUUGUGGCAGUAAAGAUGUUGGGCAAAUCAAAAGCUAAUGGGCAAGAUUUCAUUAGUGAAGUUGCAACAAUUGCUGUGUCAUUUGUGGAUGCAUUUGAUGAGAGGUUGGAGCAUCCUGGUGGAUACAACGGAUCUUCCCUAUCAUUGAUGCUUGCUCGCCCUCCAUGA